CCUGCUGGGCUCGACACAGUUCAGCAGACGAGGUCAGGGAAGCAGACGUCACUUUGUCAGAAAACACCGUCAGGGUCCAGAAAAACCUCCGGCGAUGUCGUCCAGCGGCGGAAUCCAGAUCCCGGGCCGCCUGCCGCUGCUGCUGACCCAGGAGGGCGUGCUGCUGCCGGGCUCCACCAUGCGGCUCAGCGUCGACACGCCGCGCAACAUGCAGCUGGUGCGGAGCCGGCUGCUGCGGGGCACCUCGCUCAAGAGCACCAUCAUCGGAGUGAUUCCCAACACCAGAGACCCGGAGCACGAAGCCGACGAGCUGCCCACGCUGCACAGUAUUGGCACAGCAGGCCUGGCCGUGCAGGUGGUGGGCAGUAACUGGCCGAAGCCGCACUACACCCUCCUCAUCACCGGGGUUUGCCGCUUUCGCGUGUCCAGCCUGCUGAAACAGCGCCCGUUCGCCCUGGCAGAGGUGGAGCAGCUGGAUAAACUGGAGGAGUUAACUUCCACAGAGGAGGUCACAGCAGAGGACGGGGAGCUGCAGGAGCUGUCCCAGAGGUUCUACCAGGCUGCUCUACAGUUGGUAGGCAUGUUGGACAUGUCUGUCCCUGUGGUGGCGAAGCUGAGGCGUCUCCUGGACAGCCUGCCCAGAGAAACGCUGCCCGACGUCGUAGCGUCCAUGAUCCGAGCCACAAACAAGGAGAAGUUACAGGUCCUGGACGCGGUGAGCUUGGAGGAGCGCUUUAAGAAGACCCUCCCCCUGCUGACCAGACAGAUCGAGGGACUGAAGCUGCUGCAGAAAACCAGGAGUCCGAGGCCCGACGAUGAGAAGAGGGUGUUUUCGGUGCGUAAAGGCGCCGUCUUCCCGGGCCGGCAGUUCUCCCUGGACGAGGAGGGUGAGGACGAGGACGGAGACGACACCGCGGCCCUGGAGAGGAAAGUCCACAGGGCCAACAUGCCCGAGGCCGCCCUCAAAGUUUGUGUCAAAGAGCUCAAGAGAUUGAAGAAGAUGCCUCAGUCCAUGCCUGAAUACGCUCUGACCAGAAACUACCUGGAUCUCAUGGUGGAGCUGCCGUGGAGCAAGAGCACCAAAGACUGCCUGGACAUCCAAGCGGCUCGUAUCCUGUUGGACAACGACCACUACGCCAUGGACAAGCUGAAGAGACGAGUGCUGGAGUAUCUGGCCGUGAGGCAGCUGAAGGCUUCGCUGAAGGGCCCCAUCCUCUGCUUUGUGGGGCCCCCAGGAGUCGGAAAGACGAGUGUGGGACGCUCCAUAGCCCGGACGCUGGGCCGCGAGUUUCACCGCAUCGCACUGGGAGGAGUGUGUGACCAGUCGGACAUCAGAGGACACAGGCGGACGUACGUGGGCAGCAUGCCGGGCCGCAUCAUCAACGGCCUGAAGACCGUUGGCGUCAACAAUCCUGUCUUCCUAUUGGACGAAGUGGACAAACUGGGGAAGAGCUUGCAAGGAGACCCUGCCGCUGCACUGCUGGAGGUGCUGGACCCGGAGCAGAACCACAGCUUCACAGAUCAUUACCUCAACGUGGCCUUCGACCUCUCCCAGGUGCUCUUCAUCGCCACGGCGAACACCACGGCAACCAUUCCCCCGGCCCUCCUGGACAGGAUGGAGGUGCUGCAGGUGCCAGGCUAUACCCAGGAGGAGAAGGUGGAGAUAGCUCAUCGUCACCUGAUCCCAAAUCAGCUGGAGCAGCACGGCUUGACACCUCAGCAGCUCCAGAUACCACAGGACAGCACACAGGAGGUUAUUACCAGGUACACCCGCGAGGCAGGCGUGCGCUCCCUGGAGAGGAAGAUCGGAGCGAUCUGCAGGGCGGUGGCCGUGAAGGUCGCUGAAGGUCAAAAAGUCACCAAGCCAGAGGAGCCGGUGCCUGCGAGCCCAGUGCAGGCGCAGGGAGAAAUGGCAGCGCCCCCAGAGAUGCCCAUAGUGAUCGACCACAUCGCCCUGAAAGACAUUUUGGGCCCACCGCUGUUUGACAUGGAGGUGUCGGAGCGGCUCACCCUGCCCGGCGUGGCCCUCGGCCUGGCCUGGACCCCUCUGGGCGGGGAGAUCAUGUUUGUGGAGGCGAGCCGGACGGAGGGGGAGGGGCAGCUCACCCUGACCGGCCAGCUGGGCGACGUCAUGAAGGAGUCGGCACAUCUGGCCAUCAGCUGGCUGCGGGCCAACGCCAAGCGCUACCGGCUCACCAACAUGGUGGGCGGUCCCGACCCGAUGGAAGGGACGGACAUCCACCUCCACUUCCCCGCCGGCGCCGUGACCAAGGACGGGCCCUCUGCCGGCGUUACCAUAGUAACCUGCCUGGCCUCACUGUUCAGCAGCCGAUUGGUCAGAUCAGACAUCGCCAUGACAGGAGAGAUCACACUGAGAGGGCUGGUGCUGCCGGUGGGCGGGAUCAAGGACAAGGUCCUGGCGGCUCACAGGGCGGGAGUGAAGCGGGUCAUCCUCCCCAAACGCAACGAGAAGGACCUGGAGGAGCUGCCGGCCAACGUGCGCGCCGAGCUCGACUUCAUCACGGCCACCAACCUGGACGAGGUGCUGAACGCCGCCUUCGACGGAGGCUUCCCCGGGACGGCCAGCACACACACACACCCCCAGCUGCUCAGCAAGCUCUAACACACACACACACACACACACACGAGGUAUAACAGUAUGGAUGUGGUAAUAUGAGGGUGAAAGUUUUCUAGUUUUAAAGAACAGAGCAGUAAGUGAUUGUUUAUCAAAAAUCUCAUUAUGUAAAUAGUUCCUGAAAGCACCUCCUAAUCACGAUAUCGAUAAAGGUAUUCAAAAAGAUAUUAUGUUUGAUUUAGUCCAUAUUGCACAGCCCUAACACACACACACACACACACUUCCACACAUACACACACAGUGACGAUGUGAGGUUCAUGAAGAGACGACAGGAGCCCCGGUCACCGUGGAAACGAGUUGUCAGCUUGUCGGACUGUUUUCCUGGAAAUGUUGAAAAUCAGCGAAUAUUCCCGGCUGUAGUCGUGACGACUCAGCGUUCGACUCCUCCAGCCUUGUCAACACAAAGUCUGGGUUUUUUUUUUUUUUUUUUUUUUCUACACACCAUGACUGUAGAAAAGGGUUCCAGUGAAAUGAACUGAGGUCUGAGGUUCCAGUGAAAUGAACUCCAAACAGUGUAACCCUUAAUGCUGACAGAAUGACGCGUUCAGGGGAUCCUCGUUAACGCGUCAAGUCAGGCGUUUCCAGGCGUUCACCACCGUGUUCCCAAACCUGUUGUUUUAAAACUUCAGGGUUUCACAAGAAAACAGCAGAAGAGGAAAGUAAGAAAAAAAGAGAAAUUUGCCUAAUAAUGUUCUUUUUCUCUGCCCUGUGUCUUAAUCACAAAGAGAAUUAUCCCGUGACCCCCCGGGGCGUCCCAACCCCUAGAUUGAGAACCAGUGAUGUAGUUUAAUCUGUGAUUCUAAACAAUGAACAAGGUGAGUGAUAAAUAAUAAAUGAAUGUAGAAAUGUGUGUUUUCUGUGUCAGUGAGCAAAUCAAACACAAACACCUGGAGCACACCCGUCAGUCAUUUUCCAAUUUAAAAGCUGAAUGGUGAGCUCACGCUGUCACUGUGGGUGCAAAUAAAGAUUUCAGCCA